AUGUCGGGAGGAGGCAGUUUCGUCUUCACCCCCAUGGCCCUGCGCUCCCUCCAGCGGGACGAGGACAUGCUGGAGAGAGACAAGUACAAGAAGCAGCUAGCCAGCCACCAGCUCAACGGCUACAUGCUGAAGAAAGAGGCCAGGGACAGGGUAGGCCCUGCACCUACGAGGUCCUGCACCUAUGUUAGACCCCCAGCUGUGUGCCACGACCUGGUCAUCCAGAACGCAAUCUAUACUGGGGAUGCGGACGCUGUGCAGCGCUUCUUCCCCAGGGGCGUCACGUCGAACCUCAUCAUCGAGCCCCAGGGAGGGGACAUGCGCUGGGUGGCCAGGGGGGAAGGUAAGCAACAUGGACUGUGGUCUCUGACCUAUGAGCAGCAGCUGACAACCCCACUCCACAUUACAGCAGGCCGGGGGUUUGUUGAAUGCCUGAGGCACCUGCUGCAGCGCGGGGCCAGCAUAGACCUGGCCCCUGGGGGCACCACUGCCCUCCAUGAGGCCUGCCAGAAUGGCCAGCCCCAGUGUGUAAAAUUGCUGCUGUCCCAUGGUGCCAACUCCAACGCUCUCAGUGAAGAUGGGCUCAUGCCCUUGCACGUGUGCACCAGUCCUGAGUCCCUAGUGUGCGCCAAACACCUGCUCCAGUUUGGCGCUGCAAUCAACGGGCGGAGCCUCAACGAGGAUAACACGCCGUUACAUGUGGCGGCACAGAACGGGCUCCCGGGUCACACGGAGCUGUACCUGCACUACGGCGCCGCCCUGGAGAAGCGGAAUGACGAUGGUCUCACGCCACUCAACGCCGCUUGCUCACAACCACAGGAGAAGGACGAUCUGGAACGCUACACCAAGGUAUGUCAGCUGCUGCUGACGGCGGGAGCUGACGUCAACACAGAGGACCAGGACAAACAGUCCCCGCUCCACAUGGCCUGUAAGAACGUCAACCCGGACGUGGUGGAUCAUCUUCUGGCCCACGGAGCCUGCGUCAACACCAUGUGUUACAGUGGAAACGCCCCCAUGCAAAACGUCCUCAAGGUGGUGGCCUACAAGGCGGAGCACAAGCCAGAGAGGGUAGUCCGCUCUCUGCUCAACCACGGCUCCAUCAGGGUGUGGCCUGGAGCACUGCCCGAGGUGCUAAAGUAUUGCUGUGUCUCCCCACGCACCAUUGAGGUUCUUCUGAAUGCCUACGACCGCCUCAAGGUCACAGAUGACUGGGUGGAGGCUGUUUCACCUGAGAUGUUUAAGGAACACAAGGGGUUCUAUGAAUCCGUCUUCUCCCUGCAGCAGACCCCUCGCUCCCUACAGCACCUGGCUCGAUGGAAGUUCAGGAACUACCUAGACGGGCGCGUACACAAGGUGGUGCCACAGCUAGACCUGCCCACCUUCAUCAGAAACUUCCUGCUGCUGGAGUUCAGAGACUAUGUCCACUGA